AGACCCUGAACUUCAUCAGCGGUGUUGACAAGAAGUACGAAGUGACCAAUCGGGUAAGCAGCGCGGUGAGCGAGCAGGUCGACAAGGUGAAGGCGUCGUCGCCCAAGGCGGCGGAGAUCAUCGACGGGCUCGACACUGCGGUAAAGACGGUAGACAAGGAGGUCGGCAUCGGAAGUACAUUGAGCAGCGUUGUGACCAGUGGCAGCAGCAUCGCGUCUGAUGUUGUGGACAAGGUCCUCGAGACGAACGGUAAGUACGGCAUCACCGACAAGAUUAAGGACACCAUCGACGACGCCGUCUCCAAGGCUCAGAAGAAGGCCUGAGCCGGCACGAGCACUGGCGCUGGCCCCGGCCCCGCCCCCUCCCCGCAGCUCUUCGUACUCUCAAGUUUUCGUCCAAGAUCCGCCUGUAGGGGGGCACGCCCGACCUAAUGCUGCGGUCAAGAACUGUGGCUUCGCGCGUGCAGUGAACCCGCAUGGGAAGGAUGGGCGCCCUUGCAUCCUUGUCGCGCGUCCUGAUGAUACGGGUGGACCGUAGCGCCGCUUCUGGCCCACCGCGCUUCGGCACAGCACGCGGGCCACUCCUGGGCCCCCGGGGAGCGCCCCCAGCCGCCCGCCACGCGGCAGCGGACGUGGCACGCGAGCCGCUCGCGUCGGAGCGCGUGUCGCCGUGGCCGACGCCGCGGCGCGCGGAGCACGAAAGUUCUUGACCCUAUAUUCCUGCAUAUAUGUAUAUGUAUAUAUAUAUAUGUCCCUGGCAUUUGUGAUGUUGGCUGCGAAGUUUUCCAAGAGCUGGUGAGGCAUUCCACCAGCCGCAGCACAGUGUCUGUACUGCCUCUCUCACCGAUCAAGUUUAAACCAGCAUCAUUUUCUCGCCUCCUAUACCUGAGUAUUUCAAUCGGCCUGCUCCUGGUCCACUUGGACCAAGCGUCAGGCUUGGGCAGUCAUCGAAUCUGGCUAUGCCGAUCGUCUGCGGCAAGCGCUGCAGAAAGGUGGUGAGCACCCUCCAUCGUUGUUAU